CGCCACCAGGGACGGAGACAGGGCCAGGGCCAUCGCCUGCUCCUGCCUCAGGGCACCCAACAGCACCCACAAGAGCCCGUGGGUGCUCCCCCACGGCCGCUGCCCCACGGCUGCCCCCCAGAACAUCUUCCCCAGGGGCUGCAAGGAGAGAGUCCAGAGCUGGCUGGCCGGAAACCUGGUCACCAUCGUGGGGGUUUGCAUCGGCAUCGGCCUGGGGGAGCUCUCCCUGCUGAUGCUGUCGAUGUUCCUGCUACGGAACCUGGACUCCCGCUACGAGAAGCUGCUGCGGGGGCUCUGAGGGGGCCGGGGCGGUGUGGGGGGAAGCACGGAGGGCUUUGUCCUUCAAUAAAAGCCGUUGGGAAGCAGCGGAACCGAGACGGGACCGGGACGGCACCGGGAACGCGCGACCCGCGUGGAGCAGCGGGCCACGCCCCUUCCCUCUGUCCCCGCCCCUUGCUCCGCCCCUUUCUCUCAGGGCGGGAAGGGCUCGCGCCAGGCCCCGCCCCUCUCCUCCGCCGUGAGGCGAAUCCCCCCCCCCCACCUCCCCCUCAGCCCCUCGGCGCUCCCGGGACCCCCCGAGACCCUCGACAAUCCCCGGCUGCGCCGCGGGGCAGCGGCGGCACCCCCGGAGCGGCCCCGAGAGCCAUGGCUGCAGAGGUUCCCUGCGCCCCGGGCGCCGUCAUCACCCUGCCAGCCCCUGCCGAGAGCGGCUGCUCGGACGAGUUUGCCCUGGACUGCACCUUUGCCGCCUGCGACCCCGAGCGUACAGGGCUGGUGCAGCCGCAGCGGGUGGUGGAGUACGUGGCAGCGAUGACCGGGCACAACGGGCACGAUGGGCGGCUGCAGGCGCUGCAGCGGGCGCUGGACCCCACGGCCGCGGGCACGGCGCUGGACUGGAGCCGGUUCCGCAGCGCCAUGGGUGCCUGGAUCGCAGCGUGCCGGCAGGACGGGGCCGAGGAGCAGGACAUGGCCACUGGUGACACUGGGGCAGUGCCAGCAGAGGACGAAGGACACGCAUUGCCAGCCACCGCCCCGCUCCAGGGUGACAACACGGACGUCACCAGCCCCAGCGCCGAGGCCGCAGGUCUGCGGAGCCGUGCCCGGCAGCUGGCGGCCCAGAACGCCAAACUGCAGCGGGAUGCCGAGCUGGCCGAGGAGCUCAACACCCGCCUGGCCGAGGAGAUUGCGCAGCUCCAGGCGCAGCUGCGAAGCAGCCGGCAGGCGCUGGAGCAGGCCAGGGUGGCCGUGGAGGAGCUGGACGACAUGAAGGCCGUGGUGAAGCGGCUGGAGGAGGAGAACACCGAGCUCCGGCGGCAGGCACGGCACACGGAGAAGGAGCAGCACAGCCUGUGCUCGCGGGCCGAGGGCCUACAGGAGGAGAACCAGCGGCUCCUCGCCGAGGGCCAGGGACUGCGGGAACAGAUCCAGGCGCAGGCAGCUCGGAUGGCCAGCCUGGAGGCCCAGCUCUGCCGUGGCACUGCCCUGCUCUCUGCCCGGGAUGCGGCCCUUGCCCAGGCAGGGCAGCGGGCCCAGGAGCUGACAGCAGCACUGGAGGAGUACGAGCGGAUGGUGCAGGAAUUGCGCCUGGAGACGACGCGGCUGCGGCAGCAGCUGGGCCGGAUGCGGGACGCCUGGGCCAUGCGCCCCUGGUGCCCGCGCGGCCAGCUGGACCUCCCGGCCACGGCCACGGCCAGCCCGGGCGCGGGGGACAGGGAGGAGGAGGAGGACGCAGGGACAGCGCUGUCUGCAGGAGGAGGAGGUCUGGUGGGGAGCGCCGAGGAGGUGGCCAAGGCGGCGGGCCCCCAGGCGCCGCCGUCACCGUGGACACCGCUGUCACCGUGGGCUCUGGCGCUGCUGGCACUGCUGGCCCUGCUCUACCUCUUGCCCCGCCAGUGGCCCCAGCCCCAGCUGCGCCACCGGAGCCCCCCGCCCCUGUGAGACCCCCAGUAAAGGCUGUUUGGGCA